AUGGCCGAAACAGCGAGUCCACCUGCCACCGAGUUGCGUCCCUCGUCAGCCACCAAGAUCCCGGGGCGAGGUGCGAGAAUCACGAUCCCUACGAACGCCGCCGCCUUGUCCUCCAGCGUAACAAGUCGCUUGCGACACCAGCUGGGACUGACGACCCCGAGCCCCGUCAAUCAGAAUGGCAGCUUCGAAUUUGACCGGGUGAUCAAGUCCGGGUAUGUGCAGAAGCGCACCCAGAAGACAAAAGCCUGGAAGACGGUAUACCUCGUACUACGGCCGAACGCGUUAUCUAUCUACAAGUCGGACAAGGAAAGCAAACUGCGGCACAAGAUCUACCUCUCCGACCUGUCGGCCGUGACUCUCCUCAAGGACCCGAAACAAAAGCGCCAUAAUCUGUUUGGCCUGUUCUCCCCGGCGAGGAACUUCCACUUUCAAGCACCGAGCGCCAAGGAUGCGCAGGAAUGGAUUGAGCUCAUCAGGCAGGACGCGAGGAUAGAAGAAGAGGAGGAAGACAUGUUCCUGGCAAGCCCCAUCGUACGCCGGCAAUCGUAUGCUGCCGUUGGUGUGCUGGGGAACAAUACGUCUGGAGUCCUCAAGGACACAUCCUUGGACCAUGAGAGGCUCGCGUCGAGUUCACCAGAGCCUGUCGAAUCCCUGCCGCCGAAACCGAUGUCCUCCUCAUCGGCAAGACGGCCCUCACAACUGGACUCGUCGGGCUUCUCCAGCAAUGACUUUGUCUCGCACUCUGACUUCUCCGAUUCCGAAGCUCCACGGGUUGGUGCUUCCUUCGAGAAUCUUGCCGUUCGGUCUCCGUCCACUUCUGGACAGCUUCGGCCAGUGCUCGGGGGCCGGAACUUGAGCCAACUCAGCGGACUGAACAUGGAAAACGACCCUGACCGAGUUGUCUGGCAAGGGUGGCUGCAGUUGCUAAAGACGAAGCGCGGCGUUAGACAGUGGAAGAACUGCUGGGCUGUGCUACGACCACGCAACCUGAUCCUAUACAAAGACGAGUCGGAGUAUACAGCUGCAUUCAUCAUGGCACUCUCGACUGUCGUGAACGUGGUGGACAUCGAUCCCGUCAACAAGAAUAAGCUGCACUGCAUGCAGAUUAUUACGGACGAGAAGAGCUACCGCUUUUGUGCCCACGACGAGGAGGCUCUGGUGCAGUGCUUAGGUGCCUUUAAGAGCUUGCUCUCCAGGCGGAAAGAUCUCGAAGCUCGGCAUACUGCCGCCGCCGCCACUACUGCUGCCGCUGCUGGUGGAAAUGCUGCAUCUUCUCCAUCAUGA